AUGAUGCAACAGGAAUUCAAUAUAGAUGAUUUAUCUAAUGAACCAAGAAUUAAGGUCGUUAUUAGAAAGAGACCUGUUAAUAAGAAAGAAUAGGCAAAAUCUGAUGUGGAUAUCAUAGAAGUUAAGACAGGUUAGAGUGUCAUAGUCAAAGAAAUGAAGCAAAAGGUUGAUCUUACAAAGUAUGUUGAAGAGCAUUUAUUCAACUUUGACCAUGCAUUUGGCGAAAAUUGCACAAACGAAGAGGUUUACAUGACUUGUGUGCGUCCUAUUGUUACUGCUGCCUUUUAGAGAGCUAGAGUUACAUGCUUCGCUUAUGGACAAACAGGUAGUGGUAAAACUCACACAAUGUUAGGUAGUGUCGCAAAUAGAGUACCUGGUAUGUACGUAUUAGCCAGUCAUGACAUAUUUACAGCUCUCCAAAGACCUUAGUUUUCUCACUUAUAAAUAUUUGUUUCAUUUUAUGAAAUCUAUUGCGGAAAGCUUUUCGAUUUGCUAAAUGAUCGUCAAAUUUUGCACCCAAGAGAAGAUGGAAAACAAAAUAUUAACAUUAUCGGUUUGAUGGAAUAAAGAAUUACAAACGUUGAUCAGUUACUUAAAAUUAUUGAAUUCGGAAUGUCUGCAAGAGUCACUGCCUAAAAUAGCGCCAAUACAGACAGUUCAAGAUCUCACGCAAUUCUAUAAAUACAAUUAAAAGAAUAGAAUAACGUAUAUGGAAAAAUAUCUUUCAUUGAUUUAGCUGGUAGUGAAAGAGGUGCUGAUGUUAUCGAUUAAAACAAGCAAACAAGAAAAGAUGGUGCUGAAAUCAACAAAUCUUUAUUAGCAUUAAAGGAAUGUAUCAGAGCAUUAGAUUAAGGAAAAAAUUAUACUCCAUUUAGAGGUAGCAAACUUACACUUGUUCUAAAAGAUUCUUUUACUGGAAAUUGUAGAACUGUUAUGAUAGGUAAUAUAUCCCCUUGUUAGAGCAGUAGUGAACAUACUUUAAAUACUCUUCGUUAUGCAGAUAGAGUUAAGGAAUUAAAGAAACCAACUAACUAGGAUUUAUCUGAACAAGUUAAUUAGUUAGAUUCAUUAGCUUAACAACUCAUGCUUCCACGCCAGUCUAAAAACAUCGUGAGAAGGCCAGUAGUAGAAAAUAACAAUGAAAAUAACAUUCCAAACAGUAAUCAUAAGUUAGAAUAGCUCAUGAAAAGUGCAUAAAACUCAAACUUUGCUUACAAUUUACCAUAACAACCUAACAACUUUCCUCCUUAUUAGCCUUAGACUCAAGCUCAAUAGCCAAGAACAAAUUACAACAAUUUUAUGGCAGGUGAUUAAAUGGGCAAUAACAAUAACAACAUAUUGAGUGCUCAUAAUAAUAAUGCCUUAAAUCCAAACUUAAAUGCUAAUAAUAUGUAUCCUGGAAGUUAAUCAGAAAUGUUCGAUAUCGAACCUAGAUAAUUAAAUAAAACACCUUAAUAGCAAUAAUAAUCAUUCGCUGGAAUUAAAAUGAAUCAACAACCACAAUCUUAACAAUAAUAUAGACCACCAUCAAACAACUAACUUGGUUAUCAAAAUUAGAUGGAUUAAAAUACAAUUAAUAGCCAAACCAAUCCCAUAAAUUUGAAUAUCGAGCAAAUAGAAAACUGGACUGCUCGUAAUGAAGAAGACCUUUAAUUGAUAUCUCAAAAGCACGAAUAGCUUAUAAGUCUCAUUCUUGCUGAAGAAGAAGACGUUAUUGCAUCUCAUCGUUCUCAUAUCGAUGAUAUGGUUGAGCUAACAAAACAAGAAAUGAUGCUUUUGCAUGAUGUUGAUAAGCCAGCAAGCGAUGUAGAUGUUUAUGUAUAGAAUUUAGAUGCAAUUUUGCAACAUAAAAGCGAAAUAAUUAACAUGCUCAGAUAAAGACUUUAGACAUUUAGAUCUCAUUUAAAAAAAGAAGAAUUGCUUUCUAAGAAAUUCUACGAGUAGAGAGCUUAAAUCAUGGAUGUGUUUGAUCUAAACUCAAAUACAAUCAACCCAAAUAAUGACGAAAUGUAAUUAUUAGAUGAUCUUCCUGAUCUAUAUGAUAAUUGA